UCGGAUUCCGAGUCGUCAAGCGCGUCCUGAUUGUUUUUGUUUACUUUCGGAAUGAAUUGCAUCGUCCAUCUCAAUCCAAACAUUACAAACGCGAAGGCUCCAUCAUGCGAGACUAAUCUACACUUACUGAGGGGUUUAAAUCAAACCGCAGUCCGCGCUGACACUCUGUAUAAAAAUGUUGGCACCCUCUGAUGUGGAGAGACCGAGAGGAAGCCCUAAGCGCGCUCCCGCCCUCGGGCCUUUCCCGAGAUCGAUAUGGAUCCAUCCAGACAUUCCCGAGGACGAGCUGGAUAGAGUGUGCUUUAGAAUAUGGAGACGCUCGGUUCUGGCCCAGAGGGGCAUAUGGCCACACUUAGCAGAAAACGUCCCCAGGUUUAUGCACGACCCGCUGAUGAUGGACAUCAACAGCAUCAGCAGACAAAAGCGACCUGAGGAGAUCUUAGCUGGAAUGCUAGUGAGGCAGUAUGAGUUGGAGGAGUGGACCUUGUUGAUCAAGAGAGAAAAGGGCCAGAUGCCUCAGCAUCAGAGUGAUACCAUGGCUCCUGACCCUGGCAUUCUAGAUGAGACCAUCAUAAGUGUUACGGAGGCCAACCAAAGAAAAAUUGAAAGGUUUCUGAAGGAUGUCCUUAUCCCAGAUCAUGACAAGAAGAAGGAGGCUAGCUUUGAUAGUCUGUCAAUGGAGGAUUUCCCCCCACUGCCCAGCGCUGCUGCACCAUGGAACCGUGCUCAGAGAGAUCAGGCCAAAAAAGACAAGAAGAAGAAGGCUAGCUUUGAUAAUAUCCCAAAAGAGGAUUCCCCCCCACUGCCUAGCGCUGCCGCACCAUGGAAUCGUGCUCAGAGUGAUCAUGCUAAAAAAGAGAUUUCCUCGAUCCAGGCAUCAUCUUCCAAAAGCCAGGUAUUUAAUCACCUGACAGAUCCAAAUCCAAGAAGGAACAAAAGGUUGCCAAAGAACCAGAAGUUCAAGCCUGUGACACCCACCAAAUCAGCAAUAAUGGAGGAGAUUGAAGAACUCCAGGUCUCAAAGAACCGUAAUGAGCUGUGUAUCCAGCCGUCAGAUCCAAGCCAAAGAGGAGAUGUUACAGAGCCAGCAAAAGUGAAAGUGUCUGCUGAAGAAGCCAUGUCUGAUGGUGGAGGUGGACUGCCGGGCAUGAGUGCAGAUGGUGCCCAUGCACCACACAACCCAGCUGGCACUGACACUGAGAGCAUGAGGAAGGCAGCUGGCACUGCUAAAAAUGCCAAAAACCACCUCUUCCAGGAGGAUACCACAGUGCCGUGGUGGAAGACCCCGGGUUCAGCCAGUCAUAAAGGUGCACCAGAAGGACAUAUGGCCAGAGUCCAGGAAGUUGAGUUGGGGAACAGCAGCAGGUCUAUCCCACGGAAUGUGGCAUUUCCAGUGCCACAGGCUUAUGUUCCUAGCCCUUGCAAGCCUUACCCAGGUUAUCCUGCUCCCCGGCUGCCCAUGCAUCACCCACCUGGCUUUGUCCAGCCUCAGAUAAACCCAGUGAUGGCCUAUGCACUACUCAUCUGUGGCAUGUUGCCACCAGUGCCUCCCUUCCAGAACUUCCACAUGCCCACCAAUUCCUACUGGCAGCCCCCUUCACUCCACCACAGUGGCAAUUUCCCAGGCUUUGUGACUUCACAGGUGGCAAAGAGACAGCAUUUCCCCGGCUCACCAAACAGAAACAUUGAUUAGCCUUCUUCUUUGGGGAAAACAUUGCAUCCAGGCCUUUGUCACCAAGAAGGAAAGCCAGCAGUGUGUAAGACCAGCUCCUGCUGCAGACUACAAUAGCUAUGCAGCUGUUCCUUUUCUAG